GGCAGCUGUACCGCCUUCUGUCGGAAGGAAUCACAUCCAGCAGCUCAGUAGUGAUGUGGUCUUCCUUCACUCCAGGAUCAAGGAGUUGGAGGAGCAGAACAGGCUGCUGGUCCGCGUAGGCAAGAGGCAGGAGGCGACCCUCACCCGCUACCAGGACACCAAGACCGAGCUGCCACACAUCAUUGAGGCUCACAAGAUGGAGAUCAACGUCCUACAGGAGAAACUUCGUCGGUCAACGGAGAUGAACCGUCGAAACACGGAGAAGUUAAAGGUGACAGACUCGCGUAUCAACAAGCUGACGGAGGAGGUGACCCGCCUACGAGAGCUAAGCCGCAAGAGGAACCUGCCAGAGCGUGAUGAACUAAACAAAAAGCUGAGUGCCGCCACCCAGACACUGCAGGAAAAGGAGAAGCAAAUAGAGGAGCUGCAGCGACGCUCAGGUGUGAUAGAGAAAUCCCUGAAGCAGCAAGUACAGGCGGAGGUGGGUCGUCACAGAGCCACUGCCAGGAAGCUUUACAACCUUCAGUGUGAAAACCACAAACUUAAUGACACUCUUAUGGAACGAGAGAGAGAGUUAGAGUCACUACAGCAGUACCGGUGUAGAGGUCAGGGGGUAGCAGACAGCACGUCCACCACAGCUGCAUCCUCCCGCUCUGGCUCAGUCUCUGGUCGACACAAGUCUGGACGCAAACGGGGCAGCAGCUCCUCAGGCACCACCACCUCGGGCAUUGCCUCGGCUGUUGAUGGUAUCUCUACUAGUGAGUCGCGUGCUUCACUUGCCUUAGAUCCCAGUGGGCGUUUGCCACCAAUCAGUGCAGACAUUAGACGAAAUAAAGAUAUUACUGGAGGCUCCUUGCUGCUUGGCUCCUCCGAGUCUCCAGAACUACUCAACCGCAGGCCAAGACACCGCAUGCAUGCUUCUACUAAGGAGGGCGUUGAAGAGAGGCGAAUGGGUAGGGUAAGACGAAACCGUCGUUCACCUCGACCGUGUACAGAAGAUGGAUUCUUGAACACCCCACGCUGCACACCAACACCUAGUCCAUCCACCACACCUGAACCUCAUGUACACAGGUCAGAUCCUGAUGGUGAUGCCUUAGAGACUAGUGUGAGACACCCAGGCCAUACUGAUCAUAGGCGAAGGCAGCGAUUGGCUGCUUCAUUGCGUGAUGCGAGACGUAAUGUCAGCAAAGAGGAUGGUCAUGAGGAAGAAAUUAAUGAAGAUCAAGGUACAGCAAGUGGUGACAUGGUAUCCUCUGGCACUCGAGAAUUUUCUCUAAUAGAACACUAUCCCCCUCGGGAACGAGUCACACUCAACGGAGGUUCAAGUGGAGGGUCAGACACUGGUAGUGGGACAUCCCCUCCCCCAACAAAACCAGUUGUACCCCUCAAUGAUACUUCUCGUCUCUCACAUCUAGAUUCUCCCCUGCUCGUCCGAGGGGCUCCAAAGAGACACAACACAGUCAUAGCUGCUGAUCUAAGGACAUUUUCAAGUCUCUCCAAACUGGACUCUACCAAUUCCCCCAUACCUACACGGAGUGCUAUUACGCCUUGAGGCCUCCAUUUGUCCCCCUUUUCCCUAGCACCCAAUUUUUUUUUAAACAAUAAUCUUUUAUUCACAUUAUUCCUCGAUUUUUUUAUCUUUGAAAUCAUCAAAAUGUAGAUUACAUGUAAUGGUGGCUUGUUUGAUAUUGUCAACACUUGAGUACAGUACUAUAGUAGUUCUUUAACAUCAGCUUCUGAAUUGUACACUAGUUAAUGCACAGACCCAUGAAAUUUGUUAUAGAUAAAAGAACCAUUAUUUAUCAACUGAAAAAUAUGUACAGUUCAUUAUCUAAUUUUAUCUUACCGUACGUUAAUCUGACCUUUAAUGUGUAAUGACUUUUUCCUGUGCAAUUUUCACAGUUGAUGUCUCAUUCGCUAAUGGAAACACAGCAUUUGAGUAAAGCUUAAUACAGUAGUAGUAUUUUGUUAUUUCUUACAGGUAUUCUAUUAAACAGUCAAUUAAACUACCAGUAAUAGAAGUUUACAUCACAUUUAUAAGCUAAACGUAACUCCAAGAAUAUAGGACUGUGAUGUUACAUUGUCAUUAGUCAAUAUUUUACUUUCUUGCUGAUGAAUCCUUUGGCAUCCAUCAUUGUCAACCUCCUUACCAGAGUUCUAUAUUGAAUUAGGGUUACUAAUUUUAUAGAACUCAAAAAUAACCUGUUAAAAUGUUUAGUGGUUCUACUCAGAAUUAGGGAAGGCUAAUUCAGUAGAGUCAGAGAUUAUCAUUUCAUUAAGGAGGCAUCACACUACUUGAGCACCUAAACUGGCAAAUUGUCAAACUAGCAAGCAAAUCUAGCACUACAAUUCCUUCUAGCUAUGCUCAAAGUGGUCACACGAAGAUACAAUAGACAAAUUUCAGCAUCAUACAAACACAACCUAUCAAUCAAUCA